CACUUUAGAGCGUGCUUACUUUUCGCUACCUUUUUGUGAAGAAGGUUUUGAAGUCUCAGAAUCAUGCCGGAACCAGCGAAGUCUGCUCCUGCCCCGAAAAAGGGCUCUAAGAAGGCCGUGACCAAGGCGCAGAAGAAGGACGGCAAGAAGCGCAAGCGCAGCCGCAAGGAGAGCUACUCGGUGUACGUGUACAAGGUGCUGAAACAGGUCCACCCUGACACAGGCAUCUCUUCUAAGGCCAUGGGCAUCAUGAACUCGUUCGUCAAUGACAUCUUCGAGCGUAUCGCGGGCGAGGCGUCGCGGCUGGCGCAUUACAACAAGCGCUCGACCAUCACGUCCCGGGAGAUCCAGACUGCCGUGCGCCUGCUGCUGCCCGGGGAGCUGGCCAAGCACGCCGUGUCUGAGGGCACCAAGGCUGUCACCAAAUACACCAGCGCCAAGUAAAUUUACUAAGUAGUGAGAAUUUUUAAGCUUAAGCCCAAAGGCUCUUUUAAGAGCCACUAAAUUGCCAAUAAC